UAACCAAGGAGAUGUUCACACUUCCAAUUUACAUCACAAGGGCUGCAAAAAUUCCUCUUCAUCAAAAAAAGAGCACAGACAUUCAUCUGCCAAAAGGGAUCACAAACCAAGAGAUAACCCCGAAGAAGGCAAAGAAUCUCCAAUCUGCACAAAAGGGGACAUGGGAACUACUCUCUCUCAUAGAGAGAACUUCAGACAUUCCACCACUCCCUAUGGGACUUCAAGCCAUAUUGAUUCUACUUCCACCAGGACAAGACUCAGACAUGCCACCCAAAUUUACUCAAAAAGCCACCCAAAUUUCCCCUGAAUCCCAAGAAAGCUUCAGUUUAUUUCCAGAUAGAGACAGUUCCAAUGGGAGUGUCAAACCUUCCUCAUCAUCCCAAAGCAAUGAUGUCAGACACCCUGUUUCUGCCAAAGAUGGCUUCAGACAUGAUAUUUCUGUGCAAAAGAAACAGAAACCUUCUACUAGUGCCAGAGAAGGACGCAGGCGUUUGCUUCCUUUCCAACAGAGCCUCAUAUAUGCACCAGUUCCAAAAGGGAGUACCACUUCAUUCCCUGUUAUCCAAGGAAACUUCAGACAUACCCUAGUUCAAAUAGAAGACCUGAGAUCUUCCCUCUCUUACCAAGGGAGAGACGCAGGCUUCCAAUAUGAAUAUGGGGCCCCCAUAUGUGACCCUUCUAUCCUAGGAGGCCACAGAUAUUCACAUUCAGUCAAAUUCAAUCUCAAAAGGAUUGCACGGCAAAACAGGUGCUGGAGUUCUACCCUGUCUCAUCAAGGAAGUAUCACAACUUCUCAGUGUGACCAAAAGUCCAUCAAACUUUCCUAUAACUAUCCUGUUCAAGACAAACUUAGAAUGCUUAAUUUAAAAAAUGAGAGCAUCAUACAAAGCGCAUCCAACACACUGAAUCUCAGAUGUGCUACUUGUGAACAAAGGGAAUUCAGAAAUGUGCCCACUAAUCAUGACUGGGCCAGAACUUCAAUUUCUACCCUAAGAAGCCCCCGACAUGCCCAUUCUGACAAUGGAGGCUUCAGACCUUACAAGCCUUGAAGUUCUAAAGAUACUCAUAUCAACAGGAGACUCUUGGCCAGACUCUCUCUUAAAAUGGCAUCUUUAGCUUUUCUUGUCUGCAAUCUGGCCCCACAUUUUCCCACUCUGAGUCCCCCAUGAACAAUGGCAGUUUAGAACUUUUCCUUCUCAUCAAACAUCUGUGAAAUCUUUGACUUCCAUUCCUGGCUAUCUCAGGUGCACAUUGAUGCAUUACAUAGAACUGUCUGACUAUAAGCAAGGCAGGUGUUUCCCUUCUGAUUAAGAAGAGCAUGCUAUACAAUUUGCUACCCAAUGAGAAUAGCAUGUCCUCCUUCUGACUAAUAUGACCUUAGACUGGUUUCAUCUGACCUAGUAGGUGACACAACAACUCCCUCUGCCUAAGCAGCCUGCGUGUUUUUUAUUCUAAUAAUCUGAAUUAAUGAUCACUGUCCAAAAAUUAAAGAACACUGAUGCCUGAAAUCCUAGAGUUUAAGAGUAUCUAGCAACACCUUUAAAACAGUCAGCAGAAAUAAAGAAGUCACAUCCUUCAUGUUUAGCAGAAGGCAGCUGGAUGGAUCAGGAGCCCUAGCUGGGAACUACCUCCUGGCAUGUUGGAUAUUGAUCAUCUGCUGCCUGCCCUGCAUGUCAUAUAUGUUCUAGAUUCCGAUGAAGAUUGUAUAAGGAAAUGAUCAGGCCUUCUCUAAAUUGAGUUCUGAUGUUCCCUGGCUCCCCAGGAGGCUCUUUGCUCCUUCUGCUUUCCCCAACAUAGCAUGAGACUUUCUGCCUCCAAAGAAUGGUGUCGUCAAACUUCCCUGUCUGUGGAUGCCUCAAACAUUCUCUCUCUAUCCAAGGGUUCCCCACAUCAUGUUUCUGACGAAGAGGCCUCAGACUUAUUCCUUCAGAACAAAGAUGACUCACACUUUCCUCAAUGACUGAAGUGGAGCUCAAAUUGUUCUCAAGGGCUCAAGGCAUGCUCAGACACAUCUCUUCUGAAGCAGGAAGCAGAAUGAACUCCACUAAUUCUCAAGCAGUCUUCACACCUACCACUUCAGAAGCACAGGUCUUCCAAACUGCUGUAUGGACCAAGGAGUCUUGUGAUCUGUCCUUCAGAACCGUGGGCCCUCAAAUCUACCCCAACAGCCCAUGUGGCCUCAAUCUGUCUAAAACCAAUGUAACAUACAAAUUUCGGCAGUAACUGAAGGGGAUUUCAGAUCUAUCCCUUCAACAACAAAAAGCUUCAGCCAUGCCCCAUUUUUCAAGAGGACAUUGACACAACUUUCCUUUGAUUACCAAGAAACCUCAGACAUCUACUCACUGCCAAAUGACCUCAUACUUGCCACUCUACAACAAGGGUAUCACACAUGCUGUCAAUGAUGGAAGGGGCCUGAGACAUGCAAUUUGAGAAGCAAGCAGCCUCAGACCUCCCCAAUAACCCAAGAAGUCCACAAAUACAACCCAUUUAUAAUCCUUGAGCCAAACAAUGUCUGCAAAGUCCAGUGUCGUCAGACUUGUCCUUCCAGAACAACGACAAUUCACACCUCCAGUUAAUAACUCCAUCGGGUUUUAGAUAUGCCCCCUCAGAAGUAAACUACCUCACUAAUUCAGGGGUUUACACCUUUUGGAACAUCUUCUGAAGAGGGUCUUAGAUUUAUUUCUUCCAACCAUAGUAGCCCCUGACUUUCAAGGUGUGUCAAAGGGUGGCUGCAGAAACAUAUCUUUUUGAACAAGAAAACUUUAGUCUUUCUCUGUCUGUACUGGAGGGAGCUGAGACAUGCCCAUUUGAUGAAGCAAGCUACAGAAAUUGCUGUGACUCAAGCAUGUGUCCCUAAUAUUUACAUCCUACUACUUGAGACUGAAUCCCUAUUACCAAGAAAACAUAGGAGCUUCUCUUUGUGUUAAUGGCCGAAUCAGGUCUACCAAACACCUAAGAGACACCAGAGCUUCUCCAUCAGACCAGAGUGACUAGGAAAUAUGCUCUCAUGGAACUCUAGAUUUAAAAGAUAUGGCAUAAUAGAAACCUCACCCUGGAUCCAAGGUCAUCUAUUUUAAGCUGCUCACCAGAAAUGUGCAAGUCCUCCAUGUUCACACCUGGGCAGCUUAUCAUAAGUUUAAGUAUCUAAUACACCCAGGACUGUGGCCCCACUUGUGAAAAGAACCCUCUGAUUUCUGUCAUGCCUCAAAACAUUUCUCAGAGAUAAGAAUUUUCUAGAGUUCUCUGAAGACUUGGAGACUGACUAGGGAUCAUCUGGAGCUUCCUCCUCUACAGAAGAUUCAGCUAAAGACAUGGACAUCUGAAACUGUGAGGCAGUGCUAGGACCUUAUGAGGUAUGGUAGUCAAUGGAACUUUUGCUAAGAGUUGUAUAGGAUUUGCACACUCUGAUCACAUCUCCCCUGUCAUAUGAGCCUCAGAAACUCUUCUCUUCCCAAGAGUAAUCCCUCCUGCUCCGUUUGAUUAAGGAGACAUCUGCUCUCCCUCCUGAAACAAAAGAGUGCCACAUAUCUUUCCAGUUUAUCUGUAGUAAUCUUACACAUUCAUUUUAUGUGAAAGAGGCACACACUUCCUAAUAUGGUGUGAGCGUGAGGCAUCCUUUUAAUAAAUGGGUCCCAGACUUCUUCUUCAAUUCAAGGAAAACUUUAGUUCUGAUACCUGUGCAAAAAGGAACCUGUGACAAAGUACUCUUUCAAAGAAGGUUGCUACAUUCUACUUUCCUUGAACAUGGGGAAUUAGACACACCAUUUCAUUUCAAGGGGACUGAUACAUACUCAUUUGAGUAAAGAGAUACAGACCAGGCCAGUGCCAUGAAAACUCACGCAAAUGAUCAUCAUUUUCUCACAUACACUUCAAAUCAACAACCCUGACAAUGGUUUCCUCAGAGAAAUCACUUCUAUCUGUGUAAACCUCAGCUCUGUUCCUCUAUCAGCGAUGGUCUUAGUAUUUUCCCUUUGAUCUGGGUGUCCACUCAUGCCCAAAUGAUCAAGGGAUGUCAAUCACUCUGAACCAAUAUCCUGGGAUGUGACAGUAAAAUCUGAUUCAUGACUAAACACCUUCUACUUUUAAGAUUCUCCCAGAAAUGGAGCGGUUCCAUCUUUGCUGCCCAUGCCUGUGUGCUUGAUGAAAAUCUCAUGGCAGAGCCAGCGAUUACCAACCAACCUGUAAGAAACAGUGCUCUCAUUGGAGUUCCAGAACAUAUGGGUAUUCUAGAGUGUGAGGACCUUUGGACCUGAUAAGGUAUUGCUUGCACCUUCUUUCAGUUCUCGAGGUACACUGAGAGCAUUAUCUUCUUCCUACAGGAUGCUGGGACUGUUCAAAUCUUUCUACCCCUCCAUCACUUUCUCCCUUUCACAAAUGGGACCUGACACCUUCCACAUAUGGUCAAAUGGUUGUCCCAUCAAACUGAUCAGGCAUAGGCCAUGAGAGACUCUAUCUAUAAAGAAGGGGCAUCAUUCCCUUGUGGUUUGAGAUCUCAUAGCACAAGUUUAGCAAUGAGAGCAGAGAAUCCAUGCCAUCAGCCUUCAGGAUAGUCAAUAAAAUGGAAUGACUUCUACAUCUCUGUCUAGAUCUGUACAGCUGAACACAAAGUAGAGGGAGGAACCUAGAGAGAGAGAGAGUCAUCCAGGUCUUCAGAAGAAGAUAUAGGUUGUUUCUGCCUGGUGUCUCCCAGAAUGAACACAAACUGUGAAGAUACAAAUCUCUGAAUAAGAGUUUGAAGCUCCUGAUCCAUGCUGAGAACUUUCUCUACAGUAUAAGGUACUGUUACAGAAUUCUUGCCUGGGUUCUGUCACCAAUUUAGCCCCCAAAAUAACACAUGGAGACUCUAUUUGCUAUAAUUCUGUCAGCCAAUUUCCAGGGCUUCUCAUUGGCUAUUUCUGUCUUAAGUAUUAACCCAUGACUACUAAUUUCUAUUUCUAUAAGGUCUUAUCUUAUUGAGAACUCCAGACUAGUGUGUCCUCUCUUCCUGGGAUCACAUGUUGACUCCCCACUCUUGACUACAUUUACCAUAAUCCUCCACAACUCCCACUCCCACCUUCUUGCUUCCCUAUUGACCAACAGUGCUCUAU